AACUCCUGGAUGAGCUGAUUCCGCAGCUGCGCCUGAACCACAUCCAGAGAAAAGCUACAGAGACGGUGGAAUAAACGAACCGACAACCACGCACAUGCAACUUACUUUGAGGGAAUCGAGAACGCCUUUGCUUUUGAAGAGGAAUUGUAGGUUUGGUAUAAAGAAGACAAGACGAUGUCGGGGAGUUUUUACUUCGUCAUGGUUGGGCAUCGUGACAAUCCUGUGUUUGAGAUGGAGUUUUUGCCAACUGGAAAAGCUGAAGCUAAGGACGAUCACCGUCACCUGAACCAGUUCAUUGCUCAUGCAGCCUUGGAUUUGGUGGAUGAAAACAUGUGGCUCUCCAACAACAUGUACUUGAAAACUGUUGACAAGUUUAACGAGUGGUUUGUUUCAGCUUUUGUUACAGCAGGUCAAAUCCGAUUCAUCAUGCUGCAUGAUGUGCGACAGGAAGACGGCAUUAAAAACUUUUUUAAUGAUGUAUAUGAUUUAUACAUUAAGUUUGCUAUGAAUCCAUUCUACGAAAUCAAUGCACCAAUUCGCUCCACAGCCUUUGAAAGGAAAGUCCAGUUUCUGGGAAAGAAACAUCUCCAGAGUUAAUCCCAUAAUGAUUAGAAUUUAUUUCUGUAUAUAUUGUCUACCAAUCACACUCAUUUUUGCACUUUCCUGUUCCUACAAAUGAAUUCAGCAGAAAUUCUGGCUUGUAUAAAAUGUCAUCUUAUCUUUAACUUCAUGCUAAUCAUUUGAUUAGUAUUGAUGGCUUGUGUUUACUUGUUAUAUACAAAACACUCAUUAAAAAAGGAAAAAAAAA